AUGCUAGUUCAAAGAAUCGUCAAUCGUGUUUCGGAGAUAUUAAGUCAUAUGCCAUCAAAUGCUAGUUACCAUGACAAGUUAGUUGGAAUUCUUUCGCGUGUCCAGGAAGUAAUAUCGUUAUUGGAUAUUGAUGUAAAUGACAGAAAUUGGAUAAUAGGAAUUUGGGGAAUGGCUGGUAUUGGAAAGACAACGCUUGCUAGUAUAGUGUUUUCCCAAAUCAAGGCUAAGUUUGAUGCCCACUGCUUUGUUUCAAAUGUCAAGGAACAGAUAAGGAAGGAAACAGAAAUUGUUUUAGGGGAUAAAAUCAUUCGUUCACUAUUGGGAGAGGAAAAUUUGAAAAUGGGCUCACCUCAUUUAGUUUUAGAUGACUGGAUUUUGAGGAGGCUGCAACGUAAGCUGCCAACGUAA